AAUUAAAACCCCGGGUCCCAACGUCAGUUCCCAGGGCCAGCAACUUCUUCGUCAUUCCACAUGCAGUGACAAAAAAGUCGCGGUUCCACCAUUCUGUUGCCGCGCUACUUCAAGUCUUUUGAAAGCUUUCAGAAAGCUUCUUAAUAGACUUACCAAGUCAUCACCCACUCCAGACCUCGAGCUGUUCCCAUCUCUAAAGCUCCCGCGCCACCAACUUUCUGUUCUCUUCGCAUCUUCGCGUCUACUUCAUCCCCAUGAUGUCGAGCAUCCUUAACAAUAUAUUCGCCAAGUCGUCACCCGCGCCCAAAUCGGUAAACGGCGACAAGGAAUCGCGUGGCACCAAGCGAAAGGCUAAGAGCGACCCUUAUGAUGAGAUAGACGAUGACGAACCAAUCCAAAAGACGCCUUCGACUCAGCGCACUCGAUCGCGCAUUUCUUCAGAAGCACCAAACUCUAGCACAAAAGCACGACCGUCAUCGGCAAGCAAGACUAACAAGCGCCGAAGCCGUUCGUCGGGUACUCGAAGAGGCGAAGUAGCAGAUAGCCUACGCGUCGACGCCGCAGCAAAUUUAGCCCGCGCACAAGAGCCCGAAGCGGCACGAUUACAUCCUCAGCCUGAAGAAGAGUCCAGUAAAAACUCACUCGUCCCGGUGGCUAAUAUGGGCGUCCCUGAACCUUCUAAUGACAAGCCCGAGUCUGCCGAUAACAACCACGUCGGAAAUGAUACAAAGGGUAAAGAGAAGGCGACGGAAGUGAGCCGGACAGAUCAGACGCUAACCGAAGCCGAUGAACGCGAAGAAAAAGAAGUUCAGGCCCUUCUUCAGCACAGAAUGGCCCAGGACGGCAGUGUCGAGCUCCUAGUCCACUGGGCUGGAGAGAGCAAGGAUGAUGCUACUUGGGAGGCUGAGGAAGAAAUUCAACAAGGCGCAGAAGAGACGCUAUACGCAUACUGGAAAGCCCAAGGCGGUCGCAUCAAUGCCCUCUUCAUUAAACCUAAAAACGCUCCCAUCGAGACCUACCACGUCUUUAAGCUGCUCGGUCACGAAAAGAAAGUUAGAGGCGGGUUCGAAUUCGAAGUUCAAUGGGUCGGUCAUCCGCCCACGCGGGGCGAGACAUCGUUCGAAGCCGAAUCCAAGCUGAAAAAGAUUGCCCCAGAGGCUCUGGAUCAAUACUGGAAGGAUGUCGGCGGUCGCGAGAAAUUCCUUGCUAGGCGUGGCCGGGGUAAGAAGCAGCGCACCGAGUAGCCGCGUUUCCCCUGGCGGAGCUGACCUAUUUGCCAUUAUUAUCUGUACAUACGUCCUCUUUCCUUUAUUUCGUCUCGCAAGCAUUCAUAAUGCCCGGCAUUGCAUCACACGGCGUUAAGGAUGGAUCGUGAUAUGGUAUGUUAUCAAGUUUCAGGAUAGGAACAAGCAUUUAAGGUGCUUGGAAGAUACUAGGAUUUUCUUCGUAUCAAGCCCAAUCGUCACGCUCUUCUAGCUUAGGUGAAGCGAAUAGACACAUACUUACCUUUUAUCAUAUAUGUACGUAUUCAUAUAAUACAAUGAACUGGGCUAUCUACUUAGUUGAUUUAACCCUUUUCAUUAUUCAUUAAUUAUAAUUAACGCGUAGUUAUACACAGGAAUUAGGAAUGGGCUAACUAGAUACUCUUCUGCCAAGCAGCUGGUGUAAGACUAUCGGUUCGCCAGCAUCACUUCACAAGCAAUAAGUUUGCCAGUCAGCAGUUAGAUAGCCUUUAGCAAGAAUAUAGCACCUGC